UCCCAGUGUCAGUCCCAGCGCACACAGACGCUCCGGUCCGCUUGCCGCCGUUCACCUCCAGCCCCCAAUCCCCUUUCGAUUUGCAGCAGCGGUAGAUCUAUCCACAUCGGCCGCGUCUCUUUCCUCUUUCGUCCCUCUCGUGGCCAGCCAUCUUUCUUCUCCUCCGCACCCAGCGAAAUCCUUAGCGGCCAAGGCUUUCCUUACGAGCUCGCUCGGCAGGGCAGGGGGAGUUUUAAACGCUUCCCGAGAGAGAGAGAGAGUCCAGAGAAAACGGGGGAGCAGCACUGGUCGCUGGUCGUAGUAGCUUUCGGUGGCGGGCGGCUCCAUAAAGCGGACGCCAAAGGCGAGAAUCUUCAGGUCAGGUGAUGCCCUUGGUCGAGGACUCUCCAUGGAUGUGCGUGCGGUGAUGACUGACUCCGUACGCUCGAUGCGCGCGGCGGCGCUGCCCCUGAUUGCUCGCGCAGCCGUUUUGCUGCUUCUCUCGGCGCUGCCGCUCUCGCAGGCCUACACCUACGAGCAAGAUGUGUUUGCGAUAAAUGGCUUGUACACUGCACUUGGAUCCCCAACGGUGCCUGGAUGGGUUACAAACGGCGGCGACCCCUGCGCUGAGAACUGGCAGGGCGUCGGCUGCGCGGAAUCAAACAUUACCUCCAUAACUCUCAAUGGUAUGAGUCUGGGAGGGCAGCUGGGUAACACAUUGGCGAAUUUCACAUCGCUGAUCACCUUGGACCUUAGCAACAACAAUAUUGGUGGAACCAUGCCAGACAAUCUGCCUAUCACAGUGCAGCGUUUUAACCUAUCAGUAAACCAGCUAACUGGUGGAAUUCCAGGUACAUUGUCAACGCUUACAAUGUUGACAACCAUGUACCUCAACAACAAUCAAUUGGUUGGGGACAUACCAGAUGCAUUUUCAGCACUCACCGGACUUACAAACUUAGAUUUUUCUUCUAACAACUUGACCGGGCCGUUACCACCGUCAGUGGGAAACUUAAGAGCAUUGACUAGCCUGCAUAUUCAGAACAAUCAAAUGUCCGGGACCCUGGAUGUGCUGCAAGAUCUCCCUCUUCAAGAUUUGGAUAUAGAAAACAAUCUGUUCUCCGGCCCUGUUCCUACGAAGCUAUAUACCAUUCCAAACUUUCUGAGUGAUGGUAACCCAUUUAAUACUAGCAUAGCUCCAUCUCCACUGCCUGCUGGACCAGCACCAUCACCAUCACUGUCACCUUCAACAGGACGUGUCCCCUCAAAAGAGCCUACAAAGUCUUCUGACGUGACGAAUGGAAAUUCUCCAGCACCAGGGAAAAAUACUUUUUGGACAGUCAAGAAUAUUGGAUACAUUAUUGUUGGGGUGGUAUCAGCGGUGGCUGUUGUCUUAAUGGUAAUGUUUUGUGUAUCCAAGUACAAAGAAAGGAAGUCAAAGAAUGGUGUGUAUACAAAAAGUCAUAUGCGAAGGGAACCACAGAGGCUUGGAGGAUCUAAAAUCAAGGAAGUACCGGAAAAAAAGGAACAUUCGAUAAAACCUAAGAAUACUGUCGUGAAAGCUUCAAAUGUGGUUUCUAAUUCAAAGGAGGAGCUGAAAGUCAAUACAUCAAUAAAAGCCCCAAAUGUUGUUUAUAAUGCAAAGGAGGCUACAUUAUAUCGUCCAAUUAGAGCCGCUCCUGUGUUGAUCACGAAGAAACAGAAGGAGCAUGUUAUUGACAUGGAAAAACCUGAUGAUUUUGUGGAAGAACCACUGCAUUUUCCCCAGUCUGUUGCGCCACGUCCUGAAAAAACCAUUGUCAGUACCAGUGUUCGUACUAAAAAGGGGAGGGUACCUUCACUCGGGAAGAUAGAUCUAAAAACUACUGUGAAGUCCUUUUCUGUUGCAUCCCUUCAACAAUAUACCAACAGUUUCAGUGAACAAAAUUUUAUAAGAGAUAGCACGUUUGGUAGAGUAUAUCUGGCGGAACUUCCUGGUGGAGAGAUUUUGGAAGUUUUGAAGAUCGACAUUGAUAACUCAAGAGUACCAGUAGACGUCUUUCUAGAGCUAGUUGUGAGCAUUUCAGAAGUAAGUCAUCCUAAUAUACUUGAGCUUGUGGGAUACUGUGCGGAGUUCGAGCAGCGGCUACUUGUCUACGAGCAUUGUAGUAAGAUGACUCUACAUGAUGAACUCCAUUAUGUGGACGAACCCAGCAAUGCAUUGUCCUGGAAUGCCCGUCUCCAAGUUGCUGUGGAAGCAGCCAAGGCAUUGCAAUAUCUUCAUGAUGGCUGUCAACCACCGCUUGUACAUCAGAAUUUUAAACCAUCAGUUAUUCUCCUUAAUAGCACAUUGUCAGUUCAAAUUUCCGAGUCUGGCCUUGCUUCGCUCUCUCAGUUGUCUGGCAGUUUGCCUGCCUUGUUCCAUUAUGAAGCCCCUGAAGUGCAUGAAUCCAGAUCAUUCAGUGAUCGAAGUGAUGUUUACAGUUUUGGUGUCGUUAUGUUGGAACUUCUUACAGGACGUGAACCUUACGACAGUUCCCGUCCACGCGCUGAGCAACAUCUGGUGCGAUGGGCCACAUCUCAGCUUUAUGAUAUCGAUGCCAUAUCAAAGAUGGUAGAUCCUUUUAUUCGAGGACAAUGUUCUGACAAGGCUCUGUCACGUUUUGCUGAUGUUAUUAGCCGCUGUAUUCAGCAUGAGCCAGAAUUCAGGCCACCAAUGUCUGAAGUUGUCCAAGACCUAACUCGUAUGGUCGGCGAUGCAACAAAGGCUUCCAUGUAAGGGUCUUCAUAAAACGAGGAAGAACACGGGAGACUAUUUGAUAACUAAUGAGGGUGACUCAUCCGGGUGUCCUGAGGAGCUUCUUGUCGGAUUUGGGGCUCGAGUCACAUUUGCUUGCUUGCAAAGUUGGCUUUGAUCGGUGACGCAGUAGUGGGAUGAAAGAACGAUGGUUCAAUUGGUGAACUUUGUCGGAUGGAUGUGCAGAUAUAUGCACUUCAUUUUUCUCUAGAAGUUGUUUGUCCUUGGCAGGUCCUUAGCCAGUAACGUGUCUUCGUGAUUGAUUUAUUCCUCUGAAACUUGUACCUAUGCCAUUGCAA